AUGAAUUCCACGCGAAGUUCGCAUCGCCGGUCGCCCGGCGCGGAACCAGGGCCGCCCCCUAGUGUACCCCCGCGUUCGAUGUCGCCCGCCGUCGGCGUGGGCACCAACCGCCCUGUUGCGCCCAGGUCCUCGGCAUCAUCACGACAGAUGCAAUCGGUAGCUGCUAGCGGCAGUGGGAGCAGGAGCGAUGGGACGAGACGCGCCAACUCCUCAGGAGGCAAUUCGGUUCCAUUAAACCAGAUCGAGAAGAGCGUGACCCACCUUCUGGUCGCUACCAAACAGCUUCUAGAAACGCUCACACAAUGGUCCCGAGGAAACGCCUCAGACACCCAAGUGUCAGACGUGUAUGUGCGCUUGGGCUACGAGUUCAACAUGGCAUGUCGCGCUUUUACUGCGAUAAACGUCGACACAUCGGACCUCGGAAACGUGCCGGAGCUGUUGAGGAAUAUUCUGGAGGCUACUCUGAGCCAAGAAGCUAGUCCAGAGAGCUUGGACAAAUACCUGCCCAAGAUCCGGGAUAUCAUCAUCAACCUGCUCCAUGGGCUCAAGAGGAAGCAAACGAGGCUUCGGCAGAGACAACAGCGGGAAAGGGACAGUGCUCCUCCGGGAGAUCCUAGCGGCUCUGGGGGUGCUGCGGGGGCCUCGAACCCACCCGUGCCGCCACGGACAACAAGCUCUAGCACAAUGGGAAGCGUCAAUUCCGGGCUCACGACGUUAUUGAAUGAAGGGUUGGAAGAGGGCUAUCGACCGGACAGCCAACGAGAUGACGGGAGAAGCAACAUGAUGGCCUCUCCAAGUAGGCGCUUUCAAGCACAGCGGGAACAGUCGCGCGGGUCGGUCAACUCGGAGCAAUCAAGUCUCUCAAGCACUACGAUGCAAAACAUACCAGUGCUGCCCCCAUACCCAGGAGACGAGACGAUACCGUCGGGGCCUUCGGUGAGCGACAUGAGUAGUCUGGAUAACUUCCCGCCGCCUCCGCCGCCGCCAAAGGCCUCGCAGCAGAGCGCGCUAGCAGCCCUUCAGAGAGGGGGCGAUUUGGAGAGGCGGGCAUCUCGACGAUACUCUGCAUACCAAAUAUCAAAGCAUCUGGGUGCUCAGGCGCCCGGAAUCCCGAUGCUGCCUCCCCAAACCACACCGGUACCGAACCGGGGACGCGAAGUCAGAGAAUCGAUGCGAGCAAUGCAGGCGAGGGACAAUGUUAGGCACAAGCGCAACACCUCCAGCCAGUCACGGCUGGCAAUGCCCGAUUCUUCACCAGUUCGGGUGCCUAGUCGGGUUGCGGAGGAGCCGGAGGAGCUCCCGGCCGAUGUCCCGGCUACCAAGGCCGAGCGGGCCAGUGCCCAGGAGGAGGACAACUUCCGGCCAAGCGCGACUCUGGCCGGACCGCCAUCGGAUGUCAUGCCGGUGCCAGUAUCGGAGAAUGAGGAGCCGGAGAAGCCCGCAACCCCAGCACGGGCGCGGGCUUCCUCAGUUGCCAGGGCCACAACCCCUGACAAGCCGCCAAGCUCUUUUACGGAGACGCCGCCGGCAACGAAAGAACUCACUCUCUUUCUUCAGUAUAAGUCCAAGGUUAAGAAGUUUGUGCUCGCGGGCGGUUACGAAGAACUGUCGAUUGGACGCUUGCAGUUGGCCUUCAUCGAAAAGUUCUCGUGGAAUACGCAGCAGAACGGCGCCGACCUGCCAGACAUCUACAUCCAGGAUCCUGUCUCGGGCGUGCGACACGAAUUGGAAGAUCUGUCAGACAUCAAAGACCGGACUGUCUUGGCGCUCAACGUAGAGCCCCUGGACGAGGUGAAGCGGCAUAUCGAUGACGGCCUUGGCUCGCUAAAGAAGAUGAUGGAGGAAAUGAAGCAGAACGUCAACGACCAGGGGGCCGCUCUGCAGAGAGUAUCGGAACGGCAACAGGAGACGGCUAAGGACAUGGCUCGACUGGCCGCCGCGCCCCCGACCAUUAUGACGGCGCCUGCCGAAUCCCCAAGACAGGUCGGGCCCGCGUCUGCAUCACGCAAGCUCAGUCCAGGACAACUGUCAGAAAUUCAGAGCCUACGUCGUGACCUGGCAGUGCUUCGGCAGACCUACUCCAACUUCCAGUCCGAGAUUCAGGGGUCCAUGUCUACGCUCCGCGCAAAAGCCAACAACGUCAAGAUGGCGGCUGCCAAGGUCACGGUACCAGACAUCGAAGGCGAUGCUGGGCACUCCUACGUCAUCAACGGGCGCAAGCAGCUCAACGCCGACAGCGACCGGCUGGUCAACAAGGUGGACGACCUCCAGGACAUGGUGGAGGAUCUUCGCAAGGACGUCGUCCACCGCGGCGUGCGCCCGCUUCCCCGCCAGCUGGAGGCUGUCACACGCGACAUCACCAUGCUCACCAAGGAACUCAGCAAGAUGGAGGAGUACAUGAAGAAGGAGAAACCGAUCUGGACCAAGAUCUGGGAGAAGGAGCUCGAGGACGUCUGCCAGGGCCGCGACGAGCUACGUCUGGCCGAGGACCUCAUUGUUGACCUGCGCGACGACCUCGAAAAGGCGUCGGAAACGUUCGCCCUCGUCGAGCAAGCGACAAAGGAGCAGAUGAAAGACGCCGGCGCCGCCAGCGGCGGGAUUGUGCCGCGGCAGUUCAGCAAGGGCCUGAACAGCAUCCGCGACAACGCGCUCGUCGACCCCAGCGCGGCCAAGGAGGGCGUGCUGGACGAGGUGCGAGCGCUGCAGCCGAACCACGAGAACCGGCUGGAGGCGAUUGAGCGGGCGGAGAAGCUGCGGCAGAAGGAGCUCGAACGGCGGCGGGAGAAUCCGCUGAAGAAGGAGCUGAUCAGUUUCGUCGAGGAGGGCAAGCUGAAGAAGUCUGGCGGUGUCGAGGAAGUGGAGCGGGCUAGGAAGGCCAAGGAUGACAGGAUCAGACGCGAGGUGUGGGAGCGACAGAACGGGAUCGUGCCCGAGGACCCCCGGUCUGGACUGGGCGGGGCGGCUGGUCGAGGUGGUCACGGGGGGCAAAAAGGGGCUGGAUGA